UAACCUAACAGCUUUUAGUUUGUUUUCCAGAUCUAUUCAUCAUGACCUCACGGAAUGACUGAGGUGAGUAGUAGUGGCUUAGGAUCGUCAUCAGUGGCGGCAAGUCAUGGAUGGCAUCAGUGUCUCUAUUGCAAGGCAGUAACCUUCAAGGCACCAAAUGAUUUCAUAAGACAUAUCCGUGACAGUCAUUGCACAAAGGAAGGAGGAAGUUUUGUUUGCCGAUAUGGAUAUAAUGGAGUUUGCUCAUCAUUGCCACUUGAAGGAGUAAGUGACCAGGACUAUGAAGACCAUGUAUUUAAGCAUCAUGUAUUCACCAUGUACAAAGGAAACGCAGGAGUGAUAUCAAAGUCGCAGACAAGAAAUGGAGAGGAAAAAUGGGGUGUUUUCUCUUCAACUCAGAAUAUACCAGCUGUUCUCAAUGACCCUAGAAAGGGGAUGAAGAGAGACUUCUUCACAAAAACAUGGGGUGAAAGUUUUGUAGAAGUUCGUGAAAUUCCUCCUCAUGUAGCACUACCUCAGGUUACCACUAAGCAUGUUGAGUCUUAUGUUAGAAAGCUUCGGAAACGUCAGAAGCUCCUUGCCAGACUAGCCUCAUUACAAGCCAGCAAAGCUCAGGAGGAUUCUGAAGAAUCGUCCCUUGGCCCCAGUCCCAGAGUGACUGAUCACUUGCCAGAGGAAGGAGUUCCAGGAAUUUUUCUCUCCAGCUCAUUUAACCUUGAAGAUCCUGAUACAUUUUAUUCAGUGUUUACGCAUGUUACAUCAUCGGGCGUUUCUUUAAAAAAUGCUAAGAUACUCCAAGAAAAGCUUUUUCAUUAUCUUGAGAGUGUUGAAAUGGACAUGAGUAGACAGAUAUCAAGAAAGUCUUCAGCCUUUUUUGAUACUAUGACAUAUCUAAAUGCCCAGAUGGAACAACUUCAGCUCAACCAUGCGGCUGUAUCAGCUCUAAGGAGAGGGAUCACCACAUUACGUCAGGAGGCAGUGAUUGAACCUGUAAAGGCAUUAUCAUUACCCAGAAAAAGGGAAAAUAUCAUAUCUGUUUGCAAAAAGUUGGAGGUAAUGAGUGCAGUAAGAGAAGUUCAGUCCACAAUACAAGUCAUGUUAGCAAGGCAAGAAUUUACAGCAGCCCUAGACCUCAUUUCCACAACGCAGGAUCUUCUUCAUACAGAGCUCAGUACAAUUAGAAGUUUAAAACACCUAAGUUCAGAGCUUAGUGAACAUGAAAAAUUAAUUGACAAGAUGGUUUCAGCAGAUUUCAUAAAAUACAUCACUGAAGAUCUCAACAGACCACUUGAAGAUACUAGACCCUUGCUUGAAGAAGAUCAACUAAUUGCUGUUGUAUUUGGAGUACUGCGGCUUCAAAAAUUUGAUUUCUUGGACAAUCUUCGAGAAGAAAUUUAUACUGCCAUAAAAGCAACUGUAAAACAAGGGGUGGCAGAAGCAGUGAGCCAAGUUGAAAUUGAUCAGGAAACAGCAAGUGUUGCUGACCAGGCCAAGACCUUGUCCAUUAGUGCUUGGCUUGCUCUUCUGUCAACGAUCACUUCAAGGCUCAAUGUAGUUAUUGCUAGAGUUAAGGUCAUAUGUGAAGUAAUGGUACAAACAGUUGAAGCUGGUGCUGGGCGAACACAACCAGUGACUGAGGGUGUCCAAGCUGCUUCUCUUGUUACCUUGAGUAGCUCUGAUGGGGAAGCUAUGUUAGGGGAAGUGGCCUGUGGUCGUGUGUUAGGAGGGUUGAGGGAGAUCUUGUGUGCUACAUGUGACUAUGCUCAUGAUCGAUGUGCCAAACUUCUACAUGCCAGGUCCAGAGAACAUGGCUUAGAUAAAAUGACUGCCAAUGAAUUUUUGACAUUGUCUCGGAUCAUAGAAGAUUUUGUUGCAGAUACUGAAUGUGUGUGUGGACGCAAAAGUACCUCAUUCAGAAUGGGCCUUCAAGGACAAGCCACAAGGUUUGUGUUGAGGUUCCAUGAAGAACGUGAAGCCAGACUGAAACUGAACUUGAGCAGUGAAAGAUGGAGAGCAGUUCAUGCUCCACCUGAUUUGCAACGUCUUUUAGAUCACAUAUCUGCAACAGAUACCUUAGUUAGUCCCCCAGCCAUUGUGGGAGAAGGAAAAAUAGAGGAAGAUUCAAGCCCAGCUAGAAGACUUUCACCAGUUUCAACUGUAACCAUAACUUCUACUUCCACUGCCACCAGUACCACUUCAACCAUCAGCAAUGGCAUUGCUGAACACACCAGCAAUGGUGUGAAUGUUGGUAGUAGUGGUAGUGGUGUAAAUAGCAGUAGUAGUAGCUGUGGUGGUGUGGUUGUUGGUGGAGAGGAAUACAUAGUAGUGGGAGUAUGUUUAGUGGUGGUACGUUUGAUUGUUGAAUAUGCUGAAUGUGCUGCUACUCUUAGAUUAGCUGCACAACAGUUACUAACUCGUCUAACAGAUCUUCUCAGGAGAUUUAAUUCUGAUACCUGUAGGUUGCUUAUUGAAGCUGGUGCUGUUGCACUAGGAUUGAAGACAAUUACAACAAGAAAUUUAGCCCUGGCAUGGCGUUCAUUGCAACUUUUGCUAACUCUUUUGCCAAGACUUAAUGCACACUUUUCAUCAUUAUUGAGACCUGCAGUUGUCAUUAAAAAUAUAGAACAGAAGCACACCCGCACCAAACAACAAGAGACUAUCUCCUGGGAUGUGAUUAUCCAGAACAUGAAGAUCAUUGGGAAGGCCCCCGAUGCCUGUCAGUCGCACCUGCUGGAGGCGCUCUCUCAUCCAACAAAUAAGACCAGCACUAAAUGCGAUGCAGGAAGAAUUUCUCCUCCCCACAAGUAUGAGAAGACCUGCAACCAACAGUGACAUCCAGUCAUGACAACUUUAGUGAAAACCACGCCCCUGAACGAGAUACUCCUGUAGGCAAUGAAAAUCAAAUUAGCCAUGACGUCAUGCAGCAUGUCGCAAUGGCCAGCAACGUCACCGCACAACUCAUGAGGUCUAGGAAGUUGCAGCAGCGCAACCAUCAACACGGCAGAAAUGGCUUGAGACCUGACUCAAGCGAUCAGUGAUAAACAGACUUACCACCACCAGCCAAUAGAAGAUUGGCAUGGGGCAGACCCCCUGCUGACGACCCGGAAUAUCAGGAGGAAGGACACCACACCAGAAGCAGCCAACCCUAAGCUUCCUAGCCUAGAGAAUGUCUGGCAGCUCUAGACAAAAGCUUGCUACAAGAGAGAGAGAGAGAAACCAACUGAUAACGACUUUGAUGACUA